CACUUGGCCCUGGGCGCACAUCAGACAAGUGCUCGUUAAUCCCAAAAAGGAGAAACGGUAUUUUCUCUCACACGUCUCACAGAGGUAAAAAAUGGGGGAAUUUGUUGUUGCGCUCCUUCGACGGGCCUCGGUCUCUGACGAGUGACGAACAAUGCUCGCCUCGUUCGCUUACAGUCUCUGCAACGUUAGUCCAUCGAAGCUUGCAAUCCACGAAACAAUCGAUCUCUAUUCCCAACUUUAACGUCAGUCGUACCGUAGCAAACGCCUUGCUAUGGAAAUGGCCUCGAUUUCUUCGGGUCCUCGUACGGUAGAGGAGAUCUUCAAGGAUUAUAGUGGUCGAAGAGAAGGCAUCAUUCGAGCUUUGAUCUACGAUGUCGAUGAAUUCUACGCACUUUGCGAUCCAGAGAAAGAUAAUUUAUGCCUAUAUGGACAUCCUAAUGAAACUUGGGAAGUUACUCUUCCCGCGGAGGAAGUUCCUCCGGAGCUUCCCGAGCCGGCAUUAGGAAUCAAUUUCGCAAGAGAUGGGAUGAACCGCAAGGACUGGCUUUCUUUGGUUGCUGUGCACAGUGAUUCUUGGUUGCUCUCCGUGGCUUUCUAUUUCGGUGCACGCCUUAAUCGCAAUGAGAGGAAGCGUCUAUUUAGUUUGAUUAAUGAUUUGCCCACGGUAUUUGAAGUCGUAUCAGAAAGAAAGCCUGUUAAAGAGAAGCCCAGUGCAGACAGCGGAAGCAAACCCAGGCUUAGCACAAAAAGGUCAAGUGAUGGGCAGGUGAAAAGCAACUCAAAGUUGGCUGACGAGAGCUAUGGGGAGGAUGACGAAGAACAUAGUGAAACACUUUGUGGAAGUUGUGGGGGGAAUUAUAGUGCUGAUGAGUUCUGGAUUGGCUGUGACAUCUGUGAGAGGUGGUUCCAUGGAAAAUGUGUGAAAAUAACACCUGCGAAGGCUGAAAACAUAAAGCAGUAUAAAUGUCCUUCUUGCAGCUUGAAGCGAGGAAGGCAAUAGUUACUAAAGUCAGUGGGGUUAAACAUUGUUUUUAGUGGCUGACAUUGUAGCUGUAGCCUGUAGCGGUUGAAAAUAUACGGUGUGGUACUUCAGUUUUUAGCUGGAAUCAUGUCCAAUUUGUGGGUAUUGUAGUUAAGCUUUCUAUCCAAGGAUGUCUAUUUCUUUGUUUCCUAAUACGUAUUAUAUAUUGCUAUAUUUGUAUACAAUUUUAUGAAUAUCGAUCAUUUAGAACAUUUGCUUUCAAGCUA